AUGAGUUAUCGAGCGGAUAAGAUAUUCGAAGCACUCGAAGAACAAAACCGAAAAUUGAACAAGCAUGUUGAAGAACAGGCUAAAACAACACCAGCAAACCGAUACGACAAAUCAUUUGAUGCGGAAGUCGUGUUGCUAGGGCCAGAUCAAAGAAAUAAUAAUCCUGAUCUCAAUCAAGAGAAUGUAUCGAAUACUGAGCAACCUGUUCGUGAUGAUAUUUUAGACGGCUCAGAUCAACUCAAUGAUAUGCAACAUAUGACUGAAUUUUCAUCAGAAACAAUCAGCAAACCUGGUGUUAGUAAACUAUCAUUACAGGAUGAUAGUACUGAGAGCAAUGAAGUUGGGACUAAGCUGUCGUUUCGAAAAAUCAUAGUAUCAUCAUACAACGAAAAUAGCGGUUCAUCAGAAGAAGAUCCAUUCUCCUCAGGUUCAAGCGAUAAUUAUGAACCGUCUAGCGAAAGUGAUUCGGAUUCCGAAACUGUCGAAAGUCCUGAUACACCAGUGCCGGCUGAGGAACCCAAAAGCACUUUUUCACGAGUGCUUAUGCCUGCUGAGGAACCGAAAAUCGCCGAUCCACCAGUGCCGGUUGAGGAACCCGAAAACACUUCCUCACGAGUGCUUAUGCCCCCUGUAGAACCCAGAAUCGUUGAUCCUGCAGUGCCGGCCGAGGAACUCGAGAGAACUAAUCCGCAAGUGUCUAUGCCUGCUGAAGAACCCAAAAUCGCUGAUCCACCAGUGCAUGUACCUGCUGAGGAACCCGAGUUCCCAGUAAAAGGCAAAAAGCGUGUCAAGAGGGUUGAGACAUGGGCCAAAGAAAAGGCAAAGAGACAGAAAAAUUCUGGAAAAGAAUACCAGUCGAAAAGUGGUAAUAUUGUUCAGGCAAAAAGCAUGAAACCACCGUGUCCAGUCAGGUGUGUUCUAAAGCGCGCUGACAAAUUUUCAGAAGAUUUCAGAAGGAAACUCUUUGAAGAUUUUUGGGAAUUGGCAUGCUUACAGCAACAGCGUGAUUUUUUAGGUGCAUGUGUUGAGCAACUAGAACUCAGUUAUAGAAGAAUUUCCGCAGCUAAUCCAAGGAAACCAAACUGUGCAUUCUAUUUACGUAAUAACGGGUUCUUCUCUCCAAAAAAAGAUCAAUGUGAUCUAUGCGAAUCAUAUAAAAACGCGAGCAAUGAUGAAAGAAUCAAAUUAGAGGAAAAGUACAACAAACACUCAGAAGAGAAGGAUCUUAGUAGGAAAGUUAAAACUGAAGAUAAAGAGAAGGCAAAAGAACAUGGAGUAAUUCUGGCCGUUUAUGAUUUGCAGGCCGUUCUGCCUGUACCCAUGGGCCAAACAUCCGCAUUUUUUUACAAAAGUCGCCUCAAUUGUUAUAACUUCACGAUCACAAACAUAGGUAAUGACCAAACAAAAUCAUUUUUCUGGCAUAAAGGACUCGGUCACAGAGGAGCAAUAGAGAUUGGGACUUGUGUUCUGAAUUAUCUUCAAGAAAUAUCAGAAAACACACCUGGAAUGGAUGUGAUCUUUUAUUCAGACAAUUGUGGAGGACAACAAAAAAAUAGGUUCCUCAUCGGUGCAUAUUUAUAUGCAGUAGGACGAUUUAAUAUCAAAUCAAUAACACAUAAAUACUUAAUUCGCGGUCAUACUCAAAAUGAAGGAGACGCAAUACAUAGUGUCAUAGAAAGGGCUCUAAAACGAACAAAGAAAUCUGGACCCAUCUACGUGCCAGACCAGUACAUCACAGUCAUUCAAAAUGCUAGGAAGAAGGGAAACCCAGUCGAAGUUAAAGAAAUGGGAUAUGCAGAUUUUGUUGAUAUAAAAUCGUUAUACGACGACAUGGGUAUCAAUAUCUCUAGAGAUAUAGAUGGUAAUGAUUUCAAAAUCAACAAUAUUCGAAUUAUGCAAUUUGAAAGAGGUGCUGACGUAUUCCGUUUCAAGACAAGCUACAAGCAAGAGGAGUGGAGUUUUGUUUCUUUCUGGCCGAGAAGAAGACGUUCUGAGUUGAAAGAUAUUGAAACAGUUACCCUCAAACAUGCAUAUUCUGAAAAUAUAAAAAUUUCUGAGAACAAAAGAAAAGAUCUCAAAUCUCUUAUCGAAGCAAAUAUCAUUCCCAAAUUUUACAGAUAUUUUUAUGAUACAGUUACAAACUGA